CGUAAGCACGCAGAGCGGAGGGAAGAAGGAGAGAGAAAGCGCAGAUCUUGUUGGAGCUUAAAGGCGCGUAAAGGGUCUCCACACUAACUCAGACGCUCGGAGAUGGACACGUUUGUUUCUGAAUGACCGGAAACUGAGCUGAACGGACUCGUGAAGCUGAAUGAAGCAGAGCGGCAACACCGGAGCGGUUUUGUGAAUGAAACAUCAUAGUGGAAACCUCUGCUUCGCAACAUGAAGCGCGUGACAUGAGCUGAUGUGGCCGACACUUUUUUAGUGUCACUAUAGAUUUUUUACAGAUAUUUCCAUUUAAAAAGAUCGAAGUUUUUCCUGCCUUCACUGAGUUCUAACAAACUAACCCGUCACUAAAAUGCUCUGCUAUGCUUUCUUUGGAGACUUGGACGCGUAACUGCCUCCGUUACGCGUAGCCAUGCGCACAGCUUUAGGAAGCUCCGGUUCUGACCUCCAUGCGUCAUGCUGAAUGGACCCACUAUACGUGGCUACGACCCGAUGCGACUCGCCGACCCGAGGCACCUUCCGCAACUGAUGUCCCUGGAGGACCAUGAGCCCACCUUAGUGGAAGGGACUCUGGAGCCCCGCAACUCCACGCCGACAGGGGAGGAGGGGGCUCCGGGUCAGCAGCACUACUCCUUCCCCUGGGUGGCCACCGUGCUAGCCGGCGUCCUGAUUACGACCAUCGUGGUGGAUGUUAUCGGUAACCUGCUGGUCAUCGUGUCUGUGUUCAGAAACAGGAAACUCAGGAAAGCAGGAAAUGCCUUCGUAGUAAGCCUGGCCUUCGCUGACUUGGUGGUCGCCAUCUAUCCGUACCCUUUGGUCCUUACCGCCAUCUUCCAUGAUGGUUGGAUUGCAGGCUACAUCCACUGCCAGAUCAGCGGCUUCCUCAUGGGUCUCAGCGUCAUCGGCUCCAUCUUCAACAUAACCGGGAUCGCCAUCAAUCGUUACUGCUACAUCUGCCACAACCUCAAGUACGACAAACUGUUCUCCAGCAGCAACACCAUGUGCUACGUCAUGUUCGUCUGGACGCUUACAAUCCUCGCCAUUGUGCCCAACUGGUUCGUGGAGUCCCUGCAAUAUGACCCACGGGUUUACUCUUGCACGUUUGCGCAGUCGGUCAGCUCCCUGUACACCAUCACUGUGGUGGUGGUGCACUUCAUCUUGCCAAUUGGCAUCGUCAGUUACUGUUACCUGCGUAUUUGGAUUCUGGUGAUCCAGGUGCGGCGGAGAGUCAAGCCAGACUCACGACCCAAAAUCAAACCUCAUGACCUCCGCAACUUUCUCACCAUGUUCGUGGUAUUUGUGCUCUUUGCUGUGUGUUGGGCGCCAUUGAACCUCAUCGGCCUGGCGGUGGCGUUGGACUCCAGGCUGAGCCGGGCCAUUCCCGAGUGGCUGUUCACGGCCAGCUACUUUAUGGCAUACUUCAACAGCUGCCUCAAUGCCGUCAUCUACGGUGUACUGAACCACAACUUCAGAAAGGAGUACAAAAGGAUCGUCCUGAUCAUCUUCAAGUUCCAUUGCUGAGAUCAAACAGGACACAAGACAUGAGGAAAGGGGUUAUUUUCAACUUUGCGGAUGAGAAAACACCGAUAAAAAGCCAUGAGCAAAUGAGAUGAAAGAAAGCAGGACUGAUGAAGGGGGAAAGAAAACAAAACACUGUGAAAGGAAGAAGGCUGAACAUGAGAGAAAAAUAGAGGAACUUUAACAGCGGGAGGAAGCAGAGUAAAAUAAAUGAUGCCACACUGAGUUAUCAGUGAUGCCUUCAGGGAAACUAGGAGAGGUUACAAAUGUAGAGAGCCAGACUGAGAGCAGAGUUUAGAAAUAACUUAGUAAUGUGUUUCUCCAUGACUUUCUUUGCUAAGAGGGUCAUGAAUAACUGUUGAAAUGACAAAAUUAAUGGUUGUUUUUGUUUUUCACCAACUUCAUAUUUCAUUUAGAGGUCAGGAUAUAUUGUGAUCAUCCUCUUCCACCUGAUUUAUUUUGGUGUGAAACAUGCUGCAGAACUUCUCUAAAACUGUGAGUUUGUGUAGUUUAUUCAUAGCAGCAUAAAGCCACAAUAUGAUGAAAAUAACAAAGCAGUGCUUCUGAAUCGUUGAACCCAGAAGCACGUUUUUAACAUCACAAUUUAAACUGACCUCAGACAUUUUCUACUUGAGUUGAGCUAACUUGCAAAAAAAAGGUUUGACCAUUUUAUUAAAGGGAACAAGCCAUUAGGUCAAAGACAAACAGAGAUUAAACUAAACUUGGACUGAAUGAAUUGCUGACCUCACUGGACCGUUUAAAUUUUAACAACAUGGAUGGAGGGAUGGAUUGAUAUUUCUCCACCUAGAGAACCUAGAGUUUCUUUUUCAAAUUUGCAAAAGAACAACUGGCAACAUUAUGAACUGUGCAGAUUUAUUCUAAAUGCAAAUAACCCAACUAGCCCAAGUAAAAGCACAAGUGCCACAAACUGCUUUUUAGGGUUAGGGUUCUUACUGUUCUUACUGUUCUUUUUAAACGAAAACGUUUUUAAAAAGUCUAUAAUGUUCUAAUAAAUUAAUACAAUUUCACUGACUAAAUCCAGUCUGUAUUUUAGUUUAAGCUGAAGGUCAUAUAAAAUGACUAACCCUAACACUAACUGUUCAAUAUAGUGUUUUUUUUAAUCAGUGAGACUAUUAUUUUUCAGCUGAUUAUCAAAGCAAAAUUGAAGUCAAGUAUACACAUUAAAACUUAAGCUUGAGUUUUACUUGCUGACAAAUUUUAAAGCUGCAGAUAAAAAGUGAAGAUCAGGACCUGGAGGUAUCUGCUCCAUCAAGGAGCUUUGAGGAAAAAACAAAGUGGUACCAGGAUGUGUAACGUGGUUCAACAAGUAUUUUCACACCUGGAGUUUGGUUCCAUUGGUGCGAUUAGUUCAUAAGUUUGUGGAUUUCUAUUUUUUUUUUCUUUAAUUCAGUUUCUGUUCACACAGAGAAAACUGCAAACAAAACAUGUCACUAGCCAGGUGAGAAUGUUCACCUGCAUCAGCUGCUGUUUCCUGUUUGUGGCACUGUGCCUUCAUUUAAAGUGGCAUUAUUUACAACAUGAACUUAAUAUUUCACAUCCAAAACGAUGAACUUGUACCAGAGAUAAUUAGCCCCACGUCCGAGGGAAAGGUAAUAAUGAAACAAGGAUAUUGUGUCCAGACUGAAGACCAAAUUAUCAGAAGUUAACAUGAUUUAAUUUUUACGCCCCAAAAACAUGCUUAAAUAUCAGUCAGCAUUUUAUCCAUACAACAUUGAUCUUUGGGCUACUUCCCUAGUCUACUUUGAAAUGUAGUACUUCAGUUUUAUCCUUCACAAUAAAAGUCUCACAUACCUGAAAAUAUGUUAUCAAUAGAGUUGUCUGAUAAAACUCAAAAAACUACAUUUUAUGAAAACCAAGUUGUUUAUUCUCUUUUUUGUCUUUGCAUGCACACAUCCUUCAUCACUGAAUUAUCUUUUCAGGACCAAUCUAGACACGUUGCUGACUUUGGCUAACCCUACCUUUGUGACAGGAGCAGCCAAGGUGGGAAAACCUCUCCGCAUCUGUCAUAAUCUGCAUUAAUAUGUGGUGUUGAAUCAUUUACAAACAAAACAAGUUAUUGUGAAAGUAUCUUUGCCAGAACAAAGCAAUACUGUGUGAGAAUUUUUCAGCCGUGUCUCACACAUUCAAACUGAGAGUGUACAAUACCAAAACGAACACCAUAUCUCAGCCGCUGUACUCAAUUUUCACAUCAAAUGUUCUGAGCUGUGAAAACAUUUCCUUCAAAUUUGAAUAGUUACCAUGAUUUUUUUUUACCAAAAGAAAAGAGUAAGAAGAAAAUGAAGAUGAGUUAUUUAAGUUUUAAACGGUUCUCUGACCACAUCACUGUGUCACUUAGAGAGGUAAAGGUUACAUAUGUGUGAAUGCAAGGAGUGCUGCUGAUACUGUGGUUGCUUCAACCUCAUCUUAAUGUGUGUGUGUGUGUGUGUGUGUGUGUGUGUGUGUGUGUGUGUGUGUGUGUGUGUGUGUGUGUGUGUGUGUGUGUCCUACUGCCCUGGGACCAGUUCUUCCCUGGCUUAAAGGUCCAACAAGGACAGUUAAAUUGGUAGCAGGUCCAGGGGUUAAAAGAGUGUGUUUUCCUCAUGCCAAAUCGUUGCUGGCUCCACUCUAUCUAUAUGUUUCUAUAGGAAACUUUAAAGUGGAGGCACUUCCUCAGCCAUUUUAAAGUGAAACACCCUCUUAACUGACAGCAACUUUACAUGAAAGCUGCAAAAGUGCUGUUUGGUGGAUUUUAUUCCCACUCCCAAUUGUUAAUCCAGAUUAUCAUCUCAGACAUUAUAAGUGUAAAGCUGUCCAGUGUUUAAAGCAUUUUUCUUAUUUCAGUAAGAAUUUGUUUUUAUUUGUCUUUUAACUGGAGUGAAAUUACACAAACAACCACAUUUAAGGUCUGUCAUUUCUUUCACUUUUGCCUGCUGUUUACUAAUGGCGUUUGCUCUUUUAGACAUAAAGACAGAUGUCAAGUAAACUUUCAACAGAGGGUGAAAAAUAAAACUAAGGACAUGAUUUUUAAAAGCAAUUAGUUCAAAACCCCUUUGUUAAAAUGUCAUGAUUUCUGUUUCUUGUUCCAUAAACAUUUCCUGAAAUUUUCAUUUUCAUACAUUCACCCAUCAUUGUACGGGAUCAAAUUUACAAUUCAGUCUGAAAAAAACAUUCUGAUUUCACCAGAAUUAGAGGUUGAUUGGACCUAAUUUGCACUGAAUUCUCUCUUAUUGUCUUCAUUUGUAUUCUGACAAUGCCUUCUGAGUCCAGAGAGAUGGAGGAACAUCUCAUAUGUACUGUAGAGCACAACAAAUCCUGGUGGAUGUGGUUCAUAAACUCUCUAAACAAUAAGAUGAGUAGCAACUCAAAAUCUGAACUGUGUUCAAACGGACAUGGUGUGACUCCCUAACGGAGAAAGUCUAUACAAAAUAUUCAAAGGGCAACUCAAGGAAAAAAAAAAUAAAAAUACAAUCUGGUCAUCUAGAGCUAUCUUAAGGAAAAUUGGAUCUAAUCAACCUGAUGAUGCAAAUGAAAUCAGGUCGAACAAAGCCUGAAACCACGUUUGGAGUCUCAGUUGUAAGUUUGAUCUGAGGGGUAAACUCCAGCUGCAAAAAAGUGAAGCCAACAUGGAAGUGACGAAAACUGCUGUCCCCCUUCUGCUUAAUCCAGCAAAGGCCUCAAUUUCACCUGCUUCCAAGAUGCAAUGAGGAGGAAGAUGAUCUAAGCCAACAUCACACGUAGUAUGGAGAGAAACAGUGAGAUCUCACUGGGCAAAGACCAUUGGUGACAAAACAACAGUGUUCUCAAGGGAGUUUAUUAAGUAUCUCAAAAUAGUUGCUAGAAUUCUCCAUUUCCUUGAUUAAUUUGCUGGGCUCCACUUUUGUAUGAAACUUGGACUAUUUUCAAUAAAUCUGUAGAACAAUUUUCUCAUAUAGGUUACUAAGGGUGUCUGGAAACUAACUCUAUUCUGUCAGAAAGUUCAAGAAACUAGAGAUGCAACAAUACCACUUUUUUCCAAACCGAUACGAUACCGAUACUUGGAUCUGAAUAAUCGCCGAUACCGAUUACCGAUACCUAUACUUCUACCACACAAUAAAAUGCAAUGAUUUGGAAUACAGAUUUUACUUUCUUCUCUGCUUUCAACAGGAAAGGACUGUGAGGUAGAUAAAAAGUAAAAUAUAUGAAUGGAAAUCAUCACAAAACUAAAAUAUUAGGCGAAUAGAAAUGACAAGUUACAGUGAAGCCAUUUUCAAGCAACUGCAUUGGUAUUGGUUCCUGGUAUCGGUUAACCUUUACCGAUACCGAUACCAGUAUCAUAUCUGUAUCGGCACCGAUACCGAUACCAGUAUCGUAUCUGUUUCUGCACCGAUACCGAUACCAGUAUCGGUAUCGGUGCAUCCCUACAAGAAACAUGCUACAACUGAUUAGAGAUUAAAAAUAAAAAAAGACAGCAUCUAAUUUUCCAAGAGUCAAUAUCAGGAUAAGUCGCAAACAAUUAAAACAUAUAGAAGAUGUGUUGAUACAGAACUGCAGCAAGACACUUUGGUACAAAUUGGUUACACAAUAUUUGCAGGUAAUUUGUAUUUUUGGCAUAAACAAACAUGUCAUACAAAGCCAUUCAGUGUGGUUUCACCUGAAAAUGUGAGUACUUUCUCACAGUGCUGUGUCUAAGUAGUUGACAUGCUCACUUCCAGUGAGAAACUGGUUUUCAGAGAACUAAAAGCUGAGAUGUGUUGGUUGAUAAAUCCAAAUAUUUACGUUCUCUCAAAAUCACGAGCUUCUGCAAGCUUUGCACAUUUGUUAUUGAUUUCUCUGUGUUCUGUGGUUAAUCUGUUUCCCUAUUUCUAAGAAAAAUAUGUACUUUUCAUUUUACAGACUUGUUUUCUGUCCCAGUUAGCAUCUGUUAGCAAUGAGACAGUCGUUCUUUUUUCCCUGUCUGUUUGCCCACCACCUAACUCUUUCAUCUGCCAGUGUUGGGUCUAAAAUUAAUAUUUCAUUUGUAUUUUUUUUUCUUGGUUCAAAUUGAAUAAUUUUAAAUGCAUUUAAUCUCAGAGCUCCUUUGUCAUAAUGUGUCCUCAUUGAUGCAUUUCCCAAGGUUAGAAAGGGCUAUAUUUCAGGCUCUCAGUUGUUUUAAAUCAUCACACAAUAAUCUCCUCCGCAAACUAAAUUUUAAAUCAAAGAGGACGAAAUUGUAAUUGUUGGGCCUAGAAUAUGCCUGAGAGUUGAUUUUGUUACCUAUGCUCAAAGCCAAACUAAAUGAUUCAAAUGUCUGUAGCUAUAAGCUGAUGAAAAUCAGUGUUUAUGUUGCUUUUGAGUUUCCCAGCACAUGUAGCUAUGAAUGCACAUCCUGUGAUGUUGCGGUGAGUAAACGAAGCAUCAGUAUGACCCAGUUAGAGCAGUCUGAUUGCAUCAGAAGCUAAUUUAAUUGGUCUGCUGAGAAUUUUCAAUCACCGAAUCAGCCUUCACCUGUUGUUAGAUGCGUCAUCACAUCCCUUUUAUUUCUAUUGUUAGAAAUUAAAGCAAGCUCGUUGUUUAUGUGCUUGGAGCUGCCGACAAAAUGAGAAAAUGUAAUAAAGUGUAUGUGUCUGAGGCAGAAGGCCAGCCAGCUGCAGCAAAAGCUACCAGCACGCAGUCGGAGAAUGUACCUGUUUUCCUUUCCACACACCGGUUUGCACAUCGCCGUGGAGAAUGUUUCUUCUGAAUGUCUGUAAUGCUGAUGAGACGAAAGAAACCAAUCGAGCCAUGAACAAACAUGUCUUAAUAAAGGAACGUUCACUGUGACAAUGCGUCCUGGUCUCUUUGUUUCACGCUUUCAGCACUCCCCACGCUACACGUAGCAGCUAUCUUAGCAUCUAAAAUACCAAACGCUAAUCAAACGUUGCAGUGAGAUUCAGAUGAAAGAUCCUGCAAGUAGCAUGGAUCAGAUUUCUUGGUGUUUCUCUGUGAUUUUAGUCAACAUGAACCUGACAGCUGUCUGGUUUCUCUCCAGUUGCACACACACACACACACAC